AUCACAAUAAAACAAAGUGGCAAGACGUGCAUCUCCAUAAAUUCUCCACUUCCCCAGGGCUAAGACGAGCCCAUGAGCGAUUGUCGAUGUCGAAUCGAUCAUUUAUUUCAUAAAUGCACGUGGUAUUACCCAGCACCUACGGACGUCAGAUGUUAUACAAAAAGGAAAAACAAAUUUUCGUCAAGGGUACUGUGUCUGCGGUCACGAACAACGUUGCCGUGAACGUAUCCAAAUAUCAAAAACCGCUGAACGGUUAUGCUAUCAUCGACCGGCAAACGGUUCACAUUAUAGAUACAGAAAAUUCCGGGGAUAACGCAGCCGACGUUCCACAGUAUUGUCUCGAUACGAAAACUGAUGUCACUCAAAUAUUMUGGUGCACACUUGGUUACAUAAAUUGCCUAGUAGUCACUUGUUCAGAAGGCCUUAUUAUUUAUGAUUGUGACCAACAGUUCAAACGCAUAUAUACUCAYAACUGUGAGGACAAAAAUAUGAAGGAGAAAUAUGCAAAAGGGAUAGCGGCAUUUGAGUGCACUUACUUGUGUGUUGGUAAUAGUAACGGAUCAAUCAGAGUGUUUGGACCAGAUGAAGAUGGAGAAGUGGUGUUUUUAGACYGAAAGCUGUUUCACGGGUCACCUAUUACAGACAUGUCGUCUUACAAACAUAAUUUGGUGUCUUGUGAUGAGUCCGGUUGUACAGUACUUUCACAAAUUGAUUGCGGAGAAUUGAUGAUUGUUGCAAGAUCUAGAGUUUUUGGGGGACAUCCAUGCACUACAGCAGAAAUGACUAGAAUCGGACUAAUGGCCAUAGGUUAUGGAUGUGGAACGAUUCGUAUAUUUGACCCAACUGUCAAACUUAUAAACGGAGAUGCCGAAGAUCAGCUACCAAUGAUAAUCCAGAUAUCUGCACACGCUAGAUGUAUUACAUCAAUGUCAGCAGCCAAAGAUGUGGAUUUAUUAUUGAGCGUAUCAGAAGAUUCAUGGAUUAGAAUUUGGAAAAUCAGCUCUACGACAGCAACAUUAGUAUAUUGCUACAUGAAAGAAGAUACYAUGUUUGUGGGAUGCCACUUCAUUACUAGAAACGGAUCAAAAUUUUGUACUACAGCAUAUGAUUCACCAUAUAUAACAUGUUACUCAUUAAACCAGUUGUAGGAUAUGUAACUUUAUUUUAAAAAUAAACAAAUUAAGGUGAAUGGGGUAAAAAAUAUGAAUUUAAAACAAGACAUUGAAU